AUGCAACUCAGCUCUCGGAAGAUACCAGGCUAUGCGCUUGCGUCCACAUUUGUGGCGCUCGGUGGUAUGCUCAAUGGGUUUGAUACAGGCUCAGUCGGUGCAAUGACUGAACUGCCCUCCUAUACUGGAACUUUUGGUGAUCUCUCACCGACUAUGCGCGGCUUCACUGUCCCGUUGAUCAUGCUUUGCGGCACCAUCGCAGCAACAAUCGCCGGAUAUCUAGCAGACCGGUUUGGGCGCUUACGCAUCAUGAUUGCUGGCGCAGUACUGUGCACCAUCGGCUGCAUACUCGAAUGCGCUGCGUUCCAUCUUUGGCUGUUUCUCGUCGGACGUGCCUUGAUGGGAAUCGGCCAAGGAUUUGCUCUCACCAACAUUGGGGUGUACAUCUGUGAGAUCGCACCGAGUCGAAGUUGCGUGUUCAUACUUUCUUUCAUUCAGCUCAGCGGCAUUGAUGGGGUGCUCUACUACGCGCCGACGAUUUUUGCGCAAGCAGGAAUACCGUCACAAACAGCAUCAUUCAUCGCAUCUGGUGUCAGCGCUAUCCUCAUGCUCGCCUUUAGUAUCCCUGCCACACUUCUCGCAGACAAGUGGGGUCGGCGCACGUCUGCCAUCUGUGGUGGAGUGAUCCUUUCCGCGACCAUGCUUCUGAUCGGCUCUCUGUACGCUGCGGAUGCUGUACACUCAUAUGGUGCGGCACGAUGGGUCGUUAUCGUUUCCGUGUUUGUGUUUGCUCUAGGAUACGUCUCUACCUGGGCUAUCGUUGGGAAGGUAUGUGCGUCGGAAAUACAACCCACUAAGACCUGUGCGACGACUAAUUCGAUGGCGACGGGUGGUAGUUUUGUGGGCAAAUUGCCCAUGCUGCCUAGCUACAAACACAUCAGAAUCCCCUUGCGCAUUGCUUAG